AUGAACUGGUUUCUCGUCAUCAUAAUCUUUCUGCUUUGCUUUCUCGUCGCAGUGCUCGCCUUCUUCGCGCUAUCUUCAUGUCUCGGUGAUGAGAUUCGUGCAGCAUGGUCCGGCAGUAGCACAACUGCGGUGCCUACGACCUACGGCCUCCAGUACGCUCGCAUGAUGGGCCAGGGUAGUAGUCAUGCUAGCUGGGAGCAGAUCGAGAUGGAAGACAUGCUCGACAAGCGUUUCGGCGAUGGUGAGGACGAUUGA